AGGCUGCUACAAAGAAGAGGUUAAGAAGGCAUUUGACAGAAACAGAUGAAUUUACACAGAGCAAUAGUGAGAGAACGCCAAUGGAUCUCCCAAUGUCUUAUGGGAAAAUGAAAUCUCUGAUUCUGAAUAUCAGAAAUGAAGUUUUCACAGAUAUGAAAAUUCACAACCAGCAUGUCCUUCCAAGUUUCAUCGAGCUUCCAAAUAUUUCUUCAUCCAUAUACAGUGUGGAGCUCGGCAGUAGAUUGCACGGUUUCCUUGUUGCAUGCCCUCCUCCCGCCCCUUCACCUCCUGUUUCCGAACUUGUUAUUGCAGCAGCAGACUUUCAAAGGGAUCUUUCCCUGUGGAAUGUCAAUCCUGUCAAUGGCGGUGUUGAUGCAAAAAAGUUGUUCGACCCACACAUAAACCUCUGGAUUCAAGAUAAGCGUCAUGAUUUACUUGACUUUUGCAAACAAGAUAAGGUUAAAGCAUGUGGUGUUGGAACACAAAAUUCAACGACACCUUUCAUUGAUGAAAUGUUUGUCCGUCUGGAGGCGACAAUCAAUGAAUACCAAAUCAUACUUUGCCGAUGGCCAGAGUAUAUUUCACUUUUGGAGAAUGCGAUUGCAGAUGUUGAGAAAGCAACUGUUGAAGCUGUAGAGAAGCAAUUUGGUGAUGUUUUGUUACCACUGAAGGAUAAUCUGACAAACAAAAUAUUUGGCCUCAAAUAUGUCCAGAGACUAUCUAAAGGAACAGUUAACACCUAUUUGGUCCCAGAUGAGUUAGGAAUUUUUUUAAAUUCUAUGAGGAGGUUGCUAGAUGUGCUGUGCCCAAAAAUAGAUAGCCAGAUGAAAUCUUGGAGUUCUUGCAUACCUGACGAUGGACGAGCUGUCAUAGGAGAACAUCUUAAUGAUGUAAAAGUGAUGCUGAGAUCCAAAUUUAGAAGUUAUGGGCAGGCAAUUGUAGAGAAACUUGCCGACAAUACUAAGGUGCAGAGUUCAACAAAGUUGAAGAACAUAAUUCGCGACUCAAAGGAGGCAGAAUCUGAUGUUCAAAGCAGAAUGCAGCCCUUGAGGGAUCUUCUUAUAAAGACAAUACAUCAUCUUGAUUCUGUUGUGGAGCCUACAGUGUUCGUACAAAUCUGUAAAGAAUUCUGGGAACGAAUGGGACAGGAUAUGUUGCAUCUUCUGGAAGAUGGGAGAGAGAAGGGAUCUUGGUACAAAGGCUUACGGGUUGCAGUGUCCAUUUUGGAUGACAUAUUUGCAUCAGAAAUGCAAAAAUUACGUGGGAAUUCAUUGCAAAGGAAAGACCUUGAGCCACCAGGAUCAAUAAGAGAGAUUCAUUCCAUGUUGUGCAAAGAUGCUCAUUAUUAGAAGUCAAACCACAAUGGCACAAUCGUCAUAUCCACUUUUCCUCUAUUCAGGCGUAAGCCUGCCUCGUCAUUUUUUGUAGGCACUCAAUCUGUUUCAGUCUUCAUCAUAUGUUUUAUUUUAUUACUAUUAUUUUUAUUAUAUAUAAUAUAUUUGUAUAGAUUGUGCCAUCACGCCUCCGUGGUGGCUGUGAUUUUUUUGCUUUUAUUUUUUUUUAUUUUUCCUUUUAUUUUAUCAUUCCUUGUUGAGAAUAUAAAAUAUUUAGAGCUAAUACCGUAGGCUCCCCCAAUUUUGGUGUUGGGAUAGCAUGAUGGCGUGGGGAUGUAUAUAAUUCCAUACUGCAGCUAUAAAUGAUAAAUCUGAUAUAUAACUUUUGCCA